CGGCCACAGGGAAUCAAUAAUGCAGUAAAAUCUUGCAGAACAUCAUAGACUGAGAGCAUCCAAACUAAGACGCGGUCUCAGCCACUGUCGUUUGCCUUGGAGGGAGGUGUCCCUACGGUCUCCCCGUGCAGCUGUGCUUCUGUAGAUAAGAGCCGGAGAGGGCACCUGAGGGCAGGCUUCAUCACCCAUGGCGUCUCCACUUAAAGUGUGCAUAGUUGGCUCCGGAAACUGGGGCUCAGCCAUCGCCAGGAUUAUUGGAGAUAAUGCCAGGUCACUGCAGCGUUUUGCCACCACAGUGAAGAUGUGGGUGUUUGAAGAGAACAUUAAUGGCAGGAAGCUCACUGACAUCAUCAACACGGAGCAUGAAAACAUUAAGUAUCUGCCUGGAUAUAAAUUGCCAGAGAAUGUGGUGGCUGUCCCAAAGGUCCGUGACGCUGCAGAGGGAGCUGACCUGCUGGUUUUUGUGGUCCCUCACCAGUUCAUCAGGAAGCUCUGUGAUGAGAUGGUGGGCUGUGUCUCUGCUAAAGCUCGGGGAAUCACACUAAUCAAGGGGAUAGAUGACGGUCCUGAGGGCCUGAAGCUCAUCUCUGACAUCAUUCGAGAGAAGAUGGGGAUUGACGUCAGCGUCCUCAUGGGAGCAAACAUCGCCAAUGAAGUGGCAGCUGAGAAGUUCUGUGAAACCACUAUCGGAAGUAGGAUUCUGGAGAACGGCCUGCUGUUCAAAGAGCUGCUGCAGACUCCAAACUUCAGGAUCACAGUGGUGGAUGAUGCUGAUACAGUGGAGCUGUGUGGGGCUCUGAAGAACAUUGUUGCAGUGGGUGCAGGCUUCUGCGAUGGGUUGCGUUGCGGUGACAACACCAAGGCAGCUGUGAUCCGUCUGGGGCUAAUGGAGAUGAUAGCCUUCGCUAAACUCUUCUCUAAGAACGACUCUGUUUCUACGGCAACCUUUCUAGAGAGCUGCGGUGUGGCUGACCUCAUCACUACAUGCUAUGGUGGCCGCAACCGACGUGUGGCAGAGGCCUUUGCUAAGACAGGGAAGAGCAUUGAGGAGCUGGAGAAGGAGAUGUUGAAUGGUCAGAAGCUUCAGGGUCCUGCCACCUCAGCUGAGGUUUACCUCAUCCUCAAACAGAGGAGCCUGGUGGACAAUUUUCCUCUCUUCACAGCAGUCUAUCAGAUUUGUUUUGAGGGGAAGCCAGCCCAAGAGAUGAUCUCCUGCCUGCAGAGCCACCCAGAGCACAUGUGAUCAUCCAGUGGGUCCCAUAGGGGAUUGCUGAAGGGAUUAAUUCAACUUUUUUUUUUUUUUUGUACCAAGAUCAGUUGAACUUUAAGUACUCAUGCUGUCAAUAUAAAUAGCAUGUAAAAUAUAAUGUCCUUUAUCAAUUCAAGUAAAACUAAUAUGGACAAAAAGAAACCAGAAAAAUGGAGUUGCCAGAUUUCCAAUAGUAUUUUGUUUGAGUACAAUAGGGGAAAUUGGUCUCAGUCUUAAAAUGCAGGGAGACGUCAGGACUGCUGUUCUAGAUGUGACCUUCUCUACUCAAGCUAAUUUUUCACUCAAAUGAGGACAUAUCCAAAGCAUUCGCAAUCUGAGGUGUAGUGUAACAAAGCAGAUAUUACUUUUUGAGCUACAUAGCCAACUUUAGAUACUUGACAGUUCUGCUUAUUUACUGUAUCUGUCAAAGCCGGUCUCUGGUUGGAAAUAUUUCCCCUCAGCUGCUUAGAAAACAUCUUUAAGAUCUAUUUGUUAUAAUAUCAAAGCAUACUCCCCAACACUCAAAACUGAAAAGCAAAAAGACGGUUACAAAGAUUUACAACCUAUUCAACCUAUUUAAGUACUAGAGCCAGAUAACUUGAUGUGUUGAUAUCCUUUUGAGUUUUAAUUCCACAUGUGAACAGGGCUGUUUUUAAGACAUUUCUGGGGUCAACUCUGUGUUGUUGUGUGUUUCUCUAUCUGGUGUGCUGUAAUGUUACAACCUUUUUGGCCAAUACAUCUGCCUCUGGCUUUUUCUAGCCAGUAUUAUCACUGAGCUGCCACAGAUCUAGCAUGGUGACAUUAAAAAAAGAACUCACACUCAUACCACACAGGAUGCUUUAACAGUUUUCUUCCUUCAUACUUAAACCAACCAGCGCCAUCUUGUGGCUAAACUGACCAUAUCAUCAAACUAUUGACAUAUCCAUUUAAAGGAUGACUCUGGUUUAUUACAACUAUUUCUUAUAGUCUGAUAUUAUUAAUAUUAAUAAGAUUGUACUCACCAUGUUAAAGGAAAAUUCUGGUGUUUUUCACCCCAACUUGACUGAUCAUGUCCUAAAGCUUCCCGAAUAAAAACAAAUUUCACAUAAAUCAUUUAAGGAUUUGUCUGUGAGUCGGACCCAGAGCAAAUGCAGACAUUAGCCCCUGAGAUUAGCUAUUGUAGCUAAGUGCUUAGGGAUCAUUGGUUGAAUGAUACUAUCUAAUAGACGCUCCUGGUUAGUACAGAUCUAAAUUUACUUAUCAAAAUCUUAAAAUAUUUCAUCAUUUGCUCAUGCUAUAAGUGGCUGAUAUAUUGAUUACUCAUAAUGGCUUUGUUUGGUAUUUGAGACUGAUAAUAUUGCUCUGAGUGUACUACAUUGUAACGUGUUAUGUACUUCCACCUGUUUUAGACCGAGUGUACUUGAAUUCCAUUUAUUGCAAAUUGUCCAGAAACUAUUAAGUACCCCUAUUUUUCUUCACUUAUGAAUUUUUUUCCUAAAAGGGGCUCAUUUAGCAGAUGACUACUCAUGAGAAAAUCAUUGAUCUGACUGCUAAGUUAAUGGGUUUUACUAUCUUUUGUGUUAAAUUUUGUUGCAAGGUGGCCAAAAUAGCAAUAGCUAAUCAAUCUACCAAUCUCAACACAAAUAACCUGCUUGCUUUCACAAUGCCAGACUUGGUCACUGCCCCCAAAUGCCCAUAUGUGUAUGUGAAAGAAUAGAACCACUUCCUGCUUCUGCUGUACUCACUGUAGUUGUGCACAGUUCUCCUGUGCAGUGAGGGAUUAUUAGCAACAUUUCAGAUGAAUUCACUUUCAAACUUCCAAAUAAAGUAUUUAAAUUAAUCUGGAUAAAACAGGGGUUUGUUUCUAUAGCCAGACUGAUAAUCUAACUAAUCAUGUUUCUUGAUCUGCUUCAUUGUAAUGAUGUCACUGUGUUCCAAGAUCUCAGCUAUUGUGAGUAAAAUAUUAUCAUAACUGAUUGAAAUUAUGGUUCCAACUACAACAUUUGGAUCCAUUCAAUAAUAAACCAGACCAUCCUUUAAAUGUCACACGGUCAGUCAGGCUGUCUGAUUUUAUUUAAAAGCAGUUUUUCCCUGUUAAUGCCCCUCCUCUCAGACCGAAUUCUAGGGAAAUUGAUCAUUGAUGUUCUAAGAUGCACUAUGGUGACAGGUAUGGUGUUAUACAUAUUUUUGGAAUUUUUACUGCUGUACUCUGUAAUUAGCGAUGCCUCCUUUAAGUCCUCUUGUUUUUGAAAAAUGGCACCCUUACCCUGAACUCUUGCAAGUAAUAUAUUUCCAGGUUUGUGACCAGAUGUUUGAAAUGGAACCUGUGUGUUCUUACUGUGACAGUACAGUGUUAAUCUGCAGUGAGUGUUUCAUCAGUUUCUCACAUAUCAAAAGACAGGUGCUGUUAUUUACUUGAGACGACUAAAAAUACCAGCCAUUACAGGCCUGCCUGUAGACACCAGCGUGAUACUGCAUCUGUGUCAUACUGAUGCACUUUAGUCAUGUCCUGCUCAAGACCAAGAGCAAUAGACAAUGUUUUGUCACUAAGAUCUGGAUAGUUACUGUAGUAUCUUUAUACCUUCACAGAGUUUGUAUUCAUAUGUUGUCACUGCCACUCGGGUCAAUGUAUAGUAGUGUUUAAAAAAAAUCAAAAGGAAUCCUAAUUAUUGUUAUUUUAAAAAAAGUAUACUAUUGUACAUCAAAAAAUACCCUGACAAUAUGUCAAUAAGGUCUUUGGGAAAACCAGCAUUAGCUCCAUGUAAAAUAUAUCAGGUAUAUUUCUGUGAGCUUUUCUCUUUAAGCUGCCUAAAUGUUGCCAAGUAAAACUGUAUAGAGCUCAUAUGUUUGUUAUUGCGUAUGUGUGUGUGUACAUAUAUAGAUAGACAACUAAAUAGUUGUGUGUUUUUUUUUGUUUGUUUGUUUUUUAAUUUUCCUGAUAGACCUGUUGGGAGUGUCACAUGUGGUCACUGUGUGGUAAACAGUACCAGAUGCUUCCCAUUGAAAAGUUUAGGGAAGUGGCUGUAAACUGUUCUUUAUCUAACCCAGCAACAUACAUCUGCCGAACCAGAGUUAAGGUAUGGUCACGUUAUGUUUCUGUUCCCUGAAACUUCCCCACACUCGACCCCACAAAAGGACGAGAUUUCACUUUUAUGAUGCGAGAAACAUACUGAUCGGCGUGAUCCCACACUAUAAACUGUGUGUUUGGGGGGGGGGGGAGUUUAACUAGGCUCCGUUUCUGCUCCAACGCAACGUCAUAUGGCGAUAUCCUGCUUUGACCAAUCAAAUACAUGCAAGCACACGCUCUUGAUGUAUUACUAUUAGUGAAUUCCAUAUUUCUACUGUUUACCUCGCAGCUGUCCAGACAAAAGAUAAAAUAGUUGCUACUGUGAUAACUUUCCAGAGUUGUUAAAUCCUUUCUGUAAGUAUUACAAAACGUUGUGCAGUGUUUUGGUGACUGAUAAGCCAUUCAAACUGAAUUGGUGACACUAAUCUUGGAUGCCCAUCUUGACACUGUGGUGACUGUAUAGAUCUUCUGUGCUGCCAGGUUAAAAAGUUUUCACUAUAUAUAUUAUGAGAGGCUGGACCGACAUGGAUGUAAACUGCAACUUGACUGGUUGGCGGAUGCACACAACCAUGAGGCGGUAAUUCUAGUCUAAGAAGCUCACCAACACCAUCUCGUGAAGAGAGCAUAGUUUAGAUUUUCUUCAAAUUGGCAGCUUUCAUGUGUUUUGUGUAGAAAUAACCAGUUUAGUGUUGUUCUUUUAUGGUUUUAAUUACACUCAAAGACACUGUGUAGGUUUAUUAAAUGUGAACAUUUUUGACUUUGGUGACUCCUAGCGGUAGUAUCAAAAGUGACACAUUAGCAGACAACAAUGCAUCCCAAUACCUGAACCCACCCCCACUACCACACUGAACAGACACACACAUACACGGAUCUGACCUGGUAAAUUUCUGAAUAAUAUGAAAGAUACUAUAAUUACAUACAAACUCUACACAUUGUAGAAUCAAAUGUAUUAACAAUGGGAUAGAGAGCUAGUGUUACUUGAGUCUGAUUUUGCCUUUUAUUUUUUAAAAUGUAACAUUAGUCAGGUGGAUCAUGGUGUUCUGUUGAUGUUAAUCAGUGUUUUUCUGUUCAAAUAAAAUUGAUGUUUCCCUGGAUGUAAUGUUUGAGAAAAUAAGUUCCGGUCAUGUGUGAAAAUACCUUAUCCAGAAUAAACUAUACACACACUAAUCAUAAUCUCUGUACUCCCAGCACGUUUUAAAUGAAGGAAUGACUGAAGUGAAAGUGCUUACUUAAUUUUACUUAAUUUGAUGCAGGAACUCUAGCUAGUUUUAUACAUGGCCCCCCCAAUUUUAUAAGACACAAAGUAAAAAUGUUAAUAUGGAGUUAAAUAAACUGAGAAAUUUGGUAUCUUCAUUGGUGAUGUUCUAUAACCCACUGCACUUGCUUGUUUCAGGGGCUUUUGACCUUCAUUCACUUUUUUCAUCCAAGAAGAUUUGAGUCUUUGGCCAUGAAAGACUCCUUGGUUGCUACAUCUGUAUGGUAAAGGCGUAAGUGUGUUUCAAACAAAGUACUUGUUGUAUCAUGGUACUACAUCCGAAACCCGCUCCCCACACACCUUUCUGGCAUCAGAAUUAGGUGGCUAUGUCCAACAGUUUUUGUCACUUUCAGACACAGACAAUCACACCCACUUUCUGCAGUCAUUUGUCAGGGGUGUGGAUGGGAGAAAUUCAGUAGACUUUAAGCUUCUCUCUCAACCUCUCUUUUUUUCCAGUCUUCACACAACUACUUUUCACUUUUACUUGUCUCUUUUCAUUUGAACAACAGAUCAAUGUCUUUGUGGAGAAACUGUAUGAUUGAAAACAUCUUGCCUGUGUCCAUGAUGGCAGGCUUUUCAUGCCACCUCCAAGUUUGUUCAAAACAGCUUACAAACACUUUGGACAAAACUAGCUUGUUUCAAGCAUUUAAGCCGGCUUUGAACUCUGUCUGAACUGCUUAUCGGAUGGUCAGUUAGCUUCAAAAGCCCCCAACCCCCACAGUUCUCGUUGUUUCUACUUCUUCAUUACAGGAGAUAUUUAUCAGUACAAUUAUGUGUAUGGAUGGCAUGAAGACAAGAUAAAAUUGUGGGUUCAUUUUGUCUUAAAAGUUUUUAGUACAAGUUUGAGUUUCUGCAGAGAUGUCUGAAGAACAUUAAAGGUAGACUAUUCUAGACAUGGCUUGAGUUGGAGAUUAGCCAUUCACAUACAAGAUUGUAUCAACUGUGUAAAAUGGAUAUUAUGAGUGUGUUGUGGUACUAAUAUUGUUCAUGCAGACCCAGCACAGAACCUCAUAGUACCCGCUUGGUUAGUGUUCUAUCAAACAAAUGUGCGUGAAACCAAUACUGAGCUUGAUCAAGACCAAGACAGUUAUAUGUUUACUAAAAUUUUCCAGUCAGCAGUUUGACGUUUCCUGAAACUUGAGGCUCCUUCAGCAGGGCCAGUAUUGAUCUGCAGGAACAGAAGCAGUUGAUGCUGAGCCAGAGGUGGUUGAAUCCAG